CCGCGUCCAGCCCAGCCUCCAGCAGCCCCGCUGGGAGCGGCGAGAGUGCGCACCGGUGUCACGCUGGGCGGAUCACGAGGGCGAGGCUGGGCCCAAGUCUCCCCCCCUCCCCCACCCCGAUCGGUGGGGCGGGGGAGCGCAGGGCAGGGGGCGGUCGGGUGAGGCUUCUGUGUUUGCGUGAGCCUGUUUGUUGGCGUAUCUAUGGCCUCGCGUGUAUGUGUGUACGCGCGCGUGUGUUCCUUUGUCACUACCAGGCUCAACUUUCUCUGGUUCCCUUGGGGCCGGGUCUCAGUCUUUUCAUCCGUUCCUUGAGUCGGCGCGCUCCCUCUCUGCCGUCGGGCAGCUUGGGCGGCUGCGGGUGCCCCAGGCUGAUUCCGUGCUCCUGCUUGGGCCAGCGCCUCCCUCGCCCUCCAGCACACCUCCGCGGGUCGGCGUGGGCGCGCCUCUAGUUUCCUGGGCUCCGUGCGUGUCUUUGUCUCCCCGUCCACGUGUGAGCUUCCGUGCUCCAGUACCGAGUACCUGGCUGGGCCCUGGGCACGCACAGGGGCCGUAGCCCCACUGUGUGUGGGAGCCAUGAGGAUCCUGGCUAACAAGACAAGGUUACCCCACCCCAGGAGGAGAGAAGCUCCAGGGAGCCCGCCGCUGUCCCCGCGCGGCCACUGCCCCCCAGCCCCAGCCAAGCCAAUGCACCCAGAAAAUAAGUUGACCAAUCAUGGCAAGACAGGGAAUGGAGGGGCCCAAUCCCAGCACCAGAAUGUGAACCAAGGACCCACCUGCAACCUGGGCCCGAAGGGCGUGGGGGCGGGGAGCCAUGGGGCCAAGGCCAACCAGAUCUCACCCAGCAACUCAAGUCUGAAGAACCCCCAAGCAGGGGUGCCCCCUUUCAGCUCACUCAAGGGCAAGGUGAAGAGGGAGCGGAGUGUGUCUGUGGACUCUGGAGAGCAGCGAGAGGCUGGGACCCCAUCCCUGGAUUCAGAGGCCAAAGAGGUGGCACCCCGGAGUAAGCGGCGGUGUGUGCUGGAGCGGAAGCAGCCAUACAGCGGGGACGAAUGGUGCUCAGGACCCGACAGCGAGGAGGACGACAAGCCCAUUGGGGCCACCCACAACUGUAAUGUAGCAGACCCAGCCAUGACGGCCCCACAGCUGGGUCCCGGCCAAGCCACCCAACUUCCCCUCAGCGAGAGCAGCGCUCCAGGACCCCCACAUGGGCCGCCGCCUGGCCUCCGGCCGGACGCCCCUGGGGGUGGGGGUGGGGGUGUCCCCGGCAAGCCUCCCUCACAGUACGUGUACGUCUUCACCACCCACCUGGCCAACACGGCCGCCGAGGCCGUACUGCAGGGCCGGGCUGACUCCAUCCUUGCCUACCACCAGCAGAAUGUGCCUCGGGCCAAGCUGGACCAGGCCCCGAAAGUGCCACCUACCCCAGAGCCGCUACCGUUAAGCACGCCGUCUGCGGGCACCCCGCAGUCCCAGGCCCCUCCUCCGCUGCCACCGCCGCCCCCAUCGGCCCCCAGCAGCGCUCCGCCCACUCUGCCUUCAGAUGGGCCACCUGAAGACACCAGUCAGGACCUGACACCCAACUCAGUGGGAGCAGCCAGCACAGGCGGUGGCGCUGGGGGCACCCACCCUAACACCCCCACAGCCGCCACCACCAGCAACCCGCUGCCUCCGGGAGGAGACCCCGGUGGUGCCCCUGGCCCUGCCCUGCUCGCAGAGGCUGCCCCCACAGGAAAUGGGCAACGGAGCCUGGUGGGCUCUGAGGGCCUGUCCAAGGAGCAGCUGGAGCACCGGGAGCGUUCCCUCCAGACACUGCGGGACAUAGAGCGGCUGUUGCUCCGCAGCGGGGAGACGGAGCCCUUCCUCAAGGGACCCCCAGGAGGAGCCGGCGAGGGGGGACCACCAGCACAAGCCCCUCCUGCCCCCCAGCAGCCCCCCACGGCCCCUCCCAGUGGGCUGAAAAAGUAUGAGGAGCCCUUGCAAUCUAUGAUUUCACAGACGCAGAGCCUUGGGGGACCCCCGCUGGAGCAUGAGGUGCCUGGGCACCCCCCAGGCGGGGACAUGGGGCAGCAGAUGAACAUGAUGAUGCAGAGGCUGGGCCAGGACAGCCUGACACCAGAGCAGGUGGCCUGGCGCAAGCUGCAGGAAGAGUACUACGAGGAGAAGCGGCGGAAGGAAGAGCAGAUAGGGCUGCAUGGGGGCCGCCCCCUGCAAGACAUGAUGGGCAUGGGGGGCAUGAUGGUGAGGGGGCCACCGCCUCCCUACCACAGCAAGCCUGGGGAUCAGUGGCCCCCCGGCAUGGGUGCACCGCUGCGGGGCCCCAUGGAUGUCCAAGAUCCCAUGCAGCUCCGGGGUGGACCUCCCUUUCCCGGCCCCCGUUUCCCAGGCAACCAGAUGCAACGGGUGCCUGGUUUUGGAGGCAUGCAGGGGAUGCCCAUGGAGGUGCCCAUGAAUGCUAUGCAGAGGCCUGUGAGGCCAGGUAUGGGCUGGACCGAAGAUUUGCCCCCCAUGGGGGGGCCAAGUAAUUUUGCCCAGAAUGCCGUGCCCUACCCUGGCGGGCAGGGUGAAGCGGAGCGAUUCAUGACCCCCCGGGUCCGGGAGGAGCUGCUGCGGCACCAGCUGCUGGAGAAGCGGUCGAUGGGCAUGCAGCGCCCCCUGGGCAUGUCGGGCGGUGCCAUGGGGCAGGGCAUGGAGAUGGAGCGGAUGAUGCAGGCACACCGGCAGAUGGAGCCGGCCAUGUUUCCUGGGCAGAUGGCUGGUGGCGAGGGCCUGGCAGGCACCCCCAUGGGCAUGGAGUUCGGUGGAGGCCGGGGCCUCCUGAGUCCCCCCAUGGGGCAGUCUGGACUGAGAGAGGUGGACCCUCCCAUGGGGCCGGGCAACCUCAACAUGAACAUGAAUGUGAACAUGAACAUGAACAUGAACUUGAAUGUCCAGAUGACCCCACAGCAGCAGAUGCUGAUGUCACAGAAGAUGCGGGGCCCUGGGGACAUGAUGGGGCCGCAGGGCCUCAGUCCUGAGGAGAUGGCCCGGGUGCGGGCCCAGAACAGCAGCGGUGGCAUGAUGGGUGGCCCACAGAAGAUGCUUAUGCCCUCGCAGUUCCCCAACCAGGGCCAGCAGGGAUUCUCUGGGGGCCAGGGGCCCUUCCAAGCCAUGCCCCAGGACAUGGGCAAUACCCAAGACAUGUUCAGUCCCGACCAGAGCUCAAUGCCCAUGGGUAACGUGGGCACCACCCGGCUCAGCCACAUGCCCCUGCCCCCUGCAUCCAAUCCUCCCGGGUCCGUGCAUUCGGCCCCCAACCGGGGGCUGGGCAGACGGCCUUCAGACCUCACCAUCAGUAUUAAUCAGAUGGGCUCGCCUGGCAUGGGGCACCUGAAGUCGCCCACCCUGAGCCAGGUGCACUCGCCCCUGGUCACCUCGCCCUCCGCCAACCUCAAGUCACCCCAGACCCCCUCACAGAUGGUGCCCUUGCCUUCGGCUAACCCGCCGGGACCUCUCAAGUCGCCACAGGUCCUCAGCUCCUCCCUCAGUGUCCGUUCGCCCACUGGCUCGCCCAGCAGGCUCAAGUCUCCUUCCGUGGCGGUGCCUUCUCCCGGUUGGGUCGCCUCACCCAAGACAGCCAUGCCCAGCCCUGGGGUCCCCCAGAACAAGCAGCCGCCUCUCAACAUGAACUCUUCCACCACCCUGGGCAGCAUGGAACAGGGUGCCCUCCCGCCUAGUGGCCCCCGGAGUAGCUCCUCAGCGCCUCCCGCCAAUCCUCCCAGCAGCCUCAUGAACCCCAGCCUGCCAUUCACUUCCUCCCCAGACCCCACGCCUUCCCAGAACCCCCUGUCACUGAUGAUGUCCCAGAUGUCCAAGUACGCCAUGCCCAGCUCCACCCCGCUCUACCACAAUGCCAUCAAGACCAUCGCCACCUCCGACGACGAGCUGCUGCCUGACCGACCCCUGCUCCCGCCUCCGCCACCUCCGCAGGGCUCUGGGCCAGGGAUCAGCAAUAACCAGCCCAACCAGAUGCACCUGAACUCCGCUGCUGCCCAGAGUCCCAUGGGCAUGAACCUGCCAGGCCAGCAGCCCCUGUCCCAUGAACCCCCGCCUACUAUGUUGCCCUCCCCUACCCCUUUGGGGUCCAACAUUCCACUGCACCCCAAUGCGCAGGGGACAGGAGGGCCCCCUCAAAACUCGAUGAUGCUGCCUCCAGGGGGCCCAGACUCCCUGAAUGCCCCCUGUGGCCCAGUGCCCAGCUCCUCCCAGAUGAUGCCCUUCCCCCCUCGGCUGCAGCAGCCCCAUGGUGCCAUGGCCCCCAGUGGAGGUGGGGGCGGGGGGCCCGGCCUGCAGCAGCACUACCCUUCCAGCAUGCCUCUGCCCCCAGAGGACCUGCCUAGCCAGCCGCCGGGCCCCAUACCCCCUCAGCAGCACCUGAUGGGCAAAGGCAUGGCUGGGCGCAUGGGCGAUGCCUACCCCCCGGGCGUGCUCCCUGGGGUGGCGUCAGUGCUGAGCGACCCCGAGCUGAGCGAGGUGAUCCGGCCCACCCCGACGGGGAUCCCUGAAUUCGACUUAUCGAGGAUCAUCCCCUCUGAGAAGCCAAGCAGCACCCUCCAAUACUUUCCCAAGAGUGAGAACCAGCCCCCCAAGGCCCAGCCCCCCAAUCUGCAUCUCAUGAACCUGCAGAACAUGAUGGCGGAGCAGACCCCCUCACGGCCCCCCAACCUCCCGGGCCAGCAAGGCGUCCAGCGGGGUCUCAACAUGUCUAUGUGCCACCCUGGACAGAUGUCCUUGCUGGGCAGGACAGGUGUGCCCCCCCAGCAGGGCGUGGUGCCCCACGGCCUGCACCAGGGAGUCAUGUCCCCGCCACAAGGUCUCAUGACCCAGCAGAAUUUCAUGCUGAUGAAGCAGCGGGGGGUGGGGGGGGAGGUCUACAGCCAGCCCCCCCACAUGCUCUCCCCACAGGGCUCCCUCAUGGGCCCCCCGCCCCAGCAGAACCUCAUGGUGUCACACCCGCUGCGGCAGCGCAGUGUGUCUCUGGACAGUCAGAUGGGCUACCUCCCAGCGCCGGGCAGCAUGGCCAACCUGCCCUUCUAGCAGUCCCCUGGGGCGGGUGGCUGGAGCUGGGGCGGUCCCGCAAAUAUGAUACCCUUAAAGAAGUUCCUUCCCCUCCAGUGUUGGGAUGG